AGUUCCCAGUCGGAUUCCUUUCCGCUUCUCCACGACGGGAACUCCCAGUCCUGCUUUUUAUGCCUGAGGUUGUGUGUAAUCAUCUCCUCUGGUCCCUCCCCAGCCUCCCCCACAAGCCCCCAGCCCCCUCCCCUCCACCCAAAAGGUGUGGUCCCCAGGGGCAGAGGGGAAGCUGUGGGCCAGGAGUGGGGACAGCUCCACGGGGGUGGGUCCGCAGCCUCUGGAAUGGUUAAGUGCCUGGUACAAAUGCUCCAAAGGCCAAACCAUAGAAUAUUGAAGAACAGGACACGAGGAGGCAAGAGUGGGCUGGAGCAAAGCGCGGUGCUCCCUAUGCCUUGGCAGUUGGCGCAUGUAAUGGCAGGUGGCAUUUCUUGUCGAGCGGCUGUGAACUUGUACCAUCACUCGUGGUCACGGUGACUAUAAUUUCGAUCUCAAAAUAAGCUAGCUGGGGGUGGAGGGCUUGUGAUUUCACCUGCGUUCGCCCACCCCUUCUCUGCUCCCCACCCGCCCUGGCAGCCGCCCAGCCACAGGGACAGAUGCCAGUUUCCGUGGUGCUAAUGGCCCUUGAACUGGGGACAAGCGCCUUCCCGGUGGUGUCACUUGUCGCCAGCCGGUCUCCCUGUGCCCCUGCACCUGUUUCAGAUCUGUCACCCGGGCCAUCAUAUUUUUCCUUUUAAAGAGGAGAAUUAUCCGUUGACGGUGUAACUGGAAACGUCUCCCGCAGGACCCGGCAGCCCCACGCCUCCUCCCCCGAGCAGAGUUCAUGCUUAGGGACGUGCUGGUGCCGGGCCUGGGGAGGGACAGCGACCAUGGACGUAUCGCUCAGAAGAAAAGAAGUCUGGAUCAUAGGUAGCGUGUGCCUUCUCUCGUCUCCUGUCCUCUGGCGCGUCCUCCGGUCCAUGAUGACACCGGGAGGACACAGACAGGCACCUGCUCUUGAGGACACCCAGGCGAAGGAGGACGCGUGGUCACACCCCGGCCUGGAAACAGCACCUGCCGAAGACAAGAGGACAGCGCCCCCUUCAGAGAGACCUUCCCAGAAGAGCCAGCCCUCCCCUGAGACGGAAACGGGUAACGAAUGCGACAAGCCACCUGCCGAGAAGACCCCCGCCUCUGCGGCUCAGAGGGGGUCUGCCGCCCCUCCUCCCGAAGGACCCCACGACGGAGUCCAAGACCUCGCUCCAGGGACGCCUGCAGAGUUCAGACGACGUGCAGACGGAAGGGACGUCUUGCUCCCAGAGGGACCGAGUGCCGGGGAGGGAGAGGCGCAGGGCCGUGCGGACCGAACCCCGCGUCCGGCCCGCGAAGGGCGGCACGAAGAGCGUCGCUCUGAGGAGGAGCCUGGCGGCGGGGAAGCUCGGGCCCAGGGCAGGUCCGAGACUCCAGGUGAGCCGGAGCCGGACCAGCGUUCAGGUGACGAGCAGUGCGCUGAUCGGACCGAAGGCGAGCACGUCGGUGACAGGUGUAUCAGCAGCAUAAAAGCUGUUGCCACAUCACGCACCCCGGGAAACUCAGCGAUAGGACCGGCUCUGCCGCACGCCGAGCCCGCAGAGCCCUCGGGAGGCAGUAAGCGGAGAGGAGCGGCCGAGAGCUCGGUCCAGGAGGAGAACAAGAAGAGCAGAAUCGAUGCGGCCUGUGCAGGCGAGGGACAUGCACGCAGGAGGACACUGGAAACCCGACAGGCUGCGGGGAGCACCCAAGGCCAAGCCCAGGCAGCAGCCGGAAGCAAGAGCCCGGGGCAGCAAGACCCACUGGAUGACGGCCCGGUCCCUGCCGCCCCCUUCGAUCACCGCAUCGUGACAGCUAAGCAGGCCGCGGUCACCAGCUUCUACACCGUGAGCAGAACGGAGAUCCUCGGAGGGGGGCGCUUCGGCCAGGUUCACAAGUGUGAAGAGAAAGCCACAGGCCUGAAGCUGGCGGCCAAGAUCAUCAAGACCAGAGGCGCGAAGGACAAGGACGAGGCGAAGAACGAGAUCAAUGUCAUGAACCAGCUGGACCACGUGAACCUCAUUCAGCUGUACGACGCCUUCGAGUCUAAGCACGACAUCGUCCUGGUCCUGGAGUACGUGGACGGAGGGGAGCCGUUCGACCGCAUCAUUGACGACAACUGCAGCCUGACCGAGCUCGACACCAUCCUGUUCAUCAGGCAGAUCUGCGAGGGGAUACGACACAUGCACCAGAUGUACGUCCUCCACCUGGACCUGAAGCCUGAGAACAUCCUGUGUGUGAAUCGCGACACUAAACAAAUAAAAAUUAUUGACUUUGGAUUGGCCAGAAGGUACAAGCCCAGAGAGAAGCUGAAGGUGAAUUUUGGGACGCCCGAGUUCCUCGCCCCCGAGGUGGUCAACUAUGACUUCGUGUCGUUUCCCACGGACAUGUGGAGCGUGGGCGUCAUCACCUACAUGCUACUCAGCGGCUUGUCCCCGUUCCUGGGAGAUACUGACGCCGAGACCCUGAACAACAUCCUGGCCUGCAGGUGGGACCUUGAGGAUGCAGAAUUUCAGGACGUGUCGGAGGAGGCCCGGGAGUUCAUCUCCAAGCUUCUGAUCAAGGAGAAGAGCUGGAGAAUAAGUGCGAGUAAAGCCCUGAAGCACCCCUGGCUGUCAGACCACCAGCUCCAUUCCAGGCUCAGCGCACAGAAGAGGAAGAACUGCUGCCCUGAUGCCCAGGACCUCGAGGCCAAGUAGCCUUUGGAAGGCGCCCUUCAGAAAGGAAAACUGCUGUGGUUGCUGCUGCUUUGAGAGGAUUUUGGAAAAAUCAGCAGUUCUGAUGCCUUGACCCCAUGAAGACUAUGGUGGCUCUGGGGGAGGGGGGUCACUGCCCUGAACUCUGAGCUCCCCUGUCACCUGGGGGGGCAUCCAGGGCCGUGUUCCCGGGGUUCAGGCAGACCCCCCCACACACACACCUGCAUCCCUCGGCACACCUGAGUUUUAACAAGGUCCAUCCUAGUCCUGGGGCGACGGCUAGGUUAUUCCUGCUACUUCUCAGGUCGCUGGAGCAGGCACACCCCAGACUUAGUUGAGAUUUUAAACCAGGUUGAAAGGAGAAUUGCCUUCCAAAGGGGUGACUCUGUCGUCAGAAAAAAAGUCUAAGUGCAGGGCAGCCUGGCACACUUGGUGUCUACAGCUUUACUGCUUUGAUUUGGUCUGAAACCAUGAAUCCAGCCCAUGAAGAAUUUGCUUUCUGGAACUUGCGCUCUCUGAGUUCCGAGGCAUCUUCCUUUUAUUCUGAAAUCUCUCCAAGAGCAGCUGAUCUGCCUUCAAAUGAGGGACGUGCCUGGUCAGCGUGCCCGCUCCCUUCUGAUGGAACCUUCCCUGGAAGGAAGGAGGUUGCCCAGUGCUGACGGGCGGUGCGGUGGGAUCUGUUCACAGUUCGUGUUUGCAACCACGGCCUUCGGAAGCGUGUUCACAGCCCCAGGAGCUUCCCUGGACACCGUCGAAAGGAGAAGAGAUGGGUCUCGCGGUCCCCAGGGCGACAGAGCUGUGUUGCCUGUCUUGGUGACCUCACCACGUGGCAUCUCUGUGGCUCUGCGCUGGGCAAGGAGUGUUUGGGGACUGAAGGCCGGGGCACCUCCGAUGGCCCUGGGGGGUGUGACAGCUUCUCUCACUGGUUGGCAGCUUCUUCCUCUUCUGAGCUCAUCUCAUCACAUCUAGUUAACAGGGGACACGAGGCCACGGCAGAAACAUGUGCUGUUUCUUCCUGAAGCAGAGGCCGCGCAGACAGCUGGCCCUGCGGUGACACAUCCAGUGCCGGCCCACCCCUCAGGCUCUCCACCCCCAGCACCUGCUGUGUGAGACCAGCUAGAAGAAUGCCUUUCUUUUUAGCUGACAUCGUUCUAGGCUCCUGUUGUCCCGAUAGUGAUGAGACCAAGUAAGACCUGCUCGGCGGCCCCGUCGGCGAGGGCAGCUCGGACGUGGGUUGGCUUCUGCCACCAUUUCCGAUCCCACCGAGUGACUUCUCAUCACAUGCCCAGAGAAGUCCACGUACGACACCCCUGUUCCUAGGUUUCAGGUGCGGGGGAAGCAGAGGCGAAGGCGGGUGUGUGAUGAGUUCAGCCUGGCUGAGCAGUGCCGCGGGGCGUGUGCUUUUCCAGGCUUCGCUCCCACGUCGUGAUGCGUUUCUUUCCCCCUGGGCCGCUGCAUGUUUCUGAGGUUGGUUCCUCCUGUUCCUGUUGUGUGACUCUGCUUCAAAUGUUUAAUUUAGUUUCCCUAAACACACACACACACACACACACACACACACGCGAAGCCCUGUGACGGGAGUGUUACGUUUCUGCUGCGCUAUCUUUAGCUGAUGGUUUUCAUCAAGUCUGGAAAAACACAAGCCAGGGUAGGCUUAACGCUCAGCCCACAGAGAGCUGGCGUCCACUCAGAUGCUCAGCAGGAUGCAGGGGUCGGAUCCGAAACCCCUGGUGGAGGGUGUGUUCUGUCCCAGGCUGCAGCCCCCCCGCCCCCGCCGCCCCCCACCACCAGCCGAGCAGGAGGCCUCCUGCAGGAUGUGCAGAGCUCGUCCAGCUCUCUCUCAGACCCCCGGCCGCCCCCACACGGGGAAGAGGCAGCGCAGGCCCAGUGGAGGAAUGGUUUCUUUGCCAGAUUCAUCCACUGCUGACCCCACGGUCACUGGGUGUGAUUUCUUGUAGGGUUAGGAAGGAGGCCCUGCUCUGAAAGUGGAGCCUCGUAGAACUUGCCGUUCAGUUCCCACUGCUGGAUGGAGAGGCCUUUCCUGUGGGAGCUGAGGAGGGUGUGUCCUGCGGAGCUGACCCUGCCGAGCUCUUACCGUCUAGAAUUACGUGAAACGGGAGCGUUUAGGUCCCCAGCUGGUCCCGUCCCCUCCCUCCACGCCCUUGUGUGGGAAUGGGCUUUGCACACCGGAGUCGUCAAACCAGAUGUGAGCGUGGACCGUGGAGGGGGGCCUGGCUGCGCUGGGACCGUCGGAUCCGCUUUUCCAAGAAGCCAUGCGGCUUUGAGCAGCUCUGAGGCUUCUCUACCCUCCUGGAGGGCGGCAGGGCCUCGCUCACUCCCGCUAGGCCUUUGCCAUUUCUCCAGUAAAUGGGGGAGGAAGCACCAGCGUGGCACUUCCCACUGCCUGCAGCGAGAGAGAGAGACCCCACUGCGAUUAAGGAGAAGCCCAGCGCAUUUGCAACUUGUGAGACCCCACCCGUUACCCAGAAUCAGUCACUAUUUAAAAUCAGGGAGAAAGGGCUCAUGUCCAGCUGGGGACAUAAGAACUUCUGCAGUGACUUCUCACCCGAAGUGACGCGGGGAGAAGGCCUCUGGGUGGCCCACGGGUAAGCCGGGUCUGUAACUACCUAGGUUUGCCUGUGGUUGCUUUCGGUUGGACUUGAAAUUAUUUCUUUUUCUUUCCUCAACAAUGUAGAUAAGCUUGGACGUAACUUGUUCGAACGUGGAUCUCACCCACAUUUUCACCAUUUUUAUGGAAAUCGUUACGGCAAUUAUUUUCCUGCUUUAGAAUCAAAAUAUGGAGUUUAUAGUAGCGACAUGAGCGGGGCUCUUGUUUUGCUCCUUUCUGUCCUUCCACGCCAGCGACCCUGACCCCACCGCAGGGGUGGGGCCCAUACCGGACCCAAGCUUGUUCAGCCCGGUGGAGGGGCUUCAGUUGGAAAACCGGUCUGUGUGCUCGUGGCGGGAGGGCGGCGGGCCCCUCCCGCCACGGGCCUCUGUCCAGGUACCAGCUGCAGGGCCGCAUGUCCUUUUCAACAGCUACGAUGCCCCCACUUUGCUUUUGCUUUUUUUUUUUCUUCUUUCUCUUUUUCUUAAGUUAGAACCAAAGUCCAUAUGCUUGGAGUUCCUGUUGUGGCUCAGCAGUAACAAACCUGACUAGCAUCCAUGAGGACUCGGGUUCGAUCCCUGGCCCUUCUCAGUGGGUUAAGGAUCCGGCGUGGCUGUGGCUGUGGUGUAGGCCGGCAGCUGCUGCUCCAAUUAGACCCCUAGCCUGGGAACUUCCAUGGGCCACAGGUGCAGCCCUAAAAAGCAAAAAAAAAAAGUCCACUUUCUCAUCCAUCACCACGUCCCCCGGAGCCUCUUUGAGAUGCAAGCUGUUCCCUUUAAGGGCAGGUUCCUUGCUGUCCUGAAGGACAUUUGCCGCUGGGACGUCCUGGAUUAGGGUUACUGCCUUGCAUUGCAUGAAGGCUAAGGCUUCUCGUCUUAGAAAAUCUGUGUAUUUCCUUCUUAGAAGCUCCGAUCCAGCGUGCUGCCCAUACAUGGUCUUUAUAUGGGCAGUUUCACCUUCCAUGAAGGCGUAUAAUUCACGCCCGCCCCCCCCCCCCACUCAAAGGAGAGACGACACUCUGCACCCCAGUGUGCCUGUGCUGGGUUCCACCUGAAGUAGUUGUCCCGGCUGAUAGAUGCUGGCGAGCCCUUUGGACGAGCGUAAUCAGUGUUGAUAAGAAGUAAAGAUGGAGGCAGAGGGUGGCGAUUGCAACAACCAUGUGUAUUUUCUCUUUCUGAACCCAGUUUCAUCCAGCUGUAAUCCUUUGCCUUGUAAAGAAGUCACACGUAUGUAUUAUGCUGAAGAAUAAACAUGGACCUUAUUUA